GUACGUUUAAACGAGUUUUUUUUGUGACACGAUUACAAGAAGAGCGUCAGUAAAUUUGAUAAACUUUCCAGAUGGAAGAAAACAAGCUCCCUGGUGUUAUUGGACUAAACAUUGGUGGUUAUAAAUUCACUACAAGGUUAUCGACCUUGAUAAGGUACUCAGAUUCUAUGUUAGGGGCGAUGUUUAGUGGACGUCACAAGUUAGAUAAAGAUAAUAAGGACAACUACUUCAUUGACCGAAACGGGAAAUAUUUCCAGUUUGUUUUGGAGUUUCUUAGAGAUGAGAACUUUUUACCUCCAAUCGAUGUUCGAAAAAAUGUAUUGAUUGAAGCUGAAUAUUUUGGAAUUAAACCGCUCGUUGAUAAAUUAAAACGUUUGCCACCGUUUUUUCCUGAUGAAGUCAUUGUAGAUAAUUUAAGAAAUAAAAUGAAAGAUUAUCGAGAUAUCAAAGAGAAAAUUUCUCACUUGUCAACAGUGGACGUAGUAGAUCAAUCUGGAAUUAGCUUUCAACCUACAAGCCAUGUCUAUGUGAUCUGGUAUAAAAUAGAAAAUCCAGUUCAAGGUACAUAUAAAACCAAAUUAACAUUUGAAGAUAUAAUUACUAUAUGGGUCCGUUCCCCAGAAAAUGUGUCCAAAACUGUAUGCAUACCUUGUGAUGCACAAUCAAAUUCUAGAGAUUUGUUCCGCAUUCUUCAGUAUGACUUAAAAAAUGAUGGAUAUAUUUUAACACUAAAAAGUACCUACAGUAAUCAACCUGACGAUUACCUUAGAUAUGAAUUUAAUGGGGAUGUAUUUAUCGCACUAGCGUGCACGACAUUGGAAUUUACCUGGAAGUCUGAUAUUUAUCCUAAAGUCGUAGGACUUAAUAUAGGUGGUGAAAAAUUCACAACAAGAUUAUCAACCUUGACAAAAUAUCCAGAUUCCAUGUUGGGCGCCAUGUUCAGCGGACGACACAAGUUAGAUGUAGAUAGAGAUGGAGAUUAUUUUCUAGACAGAAAUGGAAAAUAUUUUCAUUAUGUUCUACAGUUUCUAAGAGAUGAAAAUUUCAUGCCUCCAUCUGGUACUCGCGAGAGAGUACUAAAGGAAGCAGACUAUUUUGGAAUAAAAUCAUUAGCUGAAAAAUUAAGAAGGUACCCGCCUCUGUUUCCAGACGGAGUUAUACUCGAUAAUCUAAGAAAUAAAGUAAAGGAUUAUCUCAUUAUUAAGGAGAAAAUAGUAGAGUUGUCAACAGUGGAUGUAAUAGAAAACUCAGAAAUACAGUGUCAGAAGGCGUCAUUCGUUUAUAUCACAUGGUACACCACAGAGAAUUUAGUAAACGGCAGAGAGUAUCAAACGAGAUUUACUUUUGAAGAUGUAGUAGCGUCAUGGGUUGGCUCAAAAUUAAAUGUUGAUAAAACGUUGUGCGUUUCUUCGGACUGUUAUCCACCAGACAUAGAUGAAUUUUAUCGUGUUCUUCUUUAUGAUUUAACAAGUGAUGGAUUUGUGUUGUCAAUGAAAAAUCAUUACAGAAGUAUUCCUAAUAAAUACAUUUGGUAUGAACACAACGAUCAAGCAUACGCAGCUGUACAAUGGAUGGCUCUUGAGUUUACUUGGGAAUCUUCUGUGCAGUAUUGCAGUGCCGGGCAAAGUGAAACGUCAAAUUCUGUAAACAUUUGAGUUUGCACAUUCAAAA